AUGUUAGAUCAAGUUGAAGUUGCAGACGUUACGUCGCUUAAUGCUUUAGCAGCAGGUACUAAUAAAAAAAAUCCAAGAAUUGUCGCAGCCGGUUUAGGUGGACGUUUAAUGGGUACCAAAUCAUUAGUGGAUGUUACUGCAGAUCAAAUUACCCAAGACUCUGAAAUGUCAUUGGCAGAAAAGGAUAGAAGAGAUAGAGAGAAGUACUCCAAGAUCACCCAUAUCUCCGAUCAACCAUGGACAUGGUCAAAUUGGUCUGAACAUAUUAACUGGUUAAAUUUGAUUUUGGUGGUCCUUGUGCCUACCAUUGGGUUUGUGUGUGCAUUAAGAUCUCCACCACAACUCAAGACCGCGGUGAUGGGAUUUGUACUCUAUAUUUUGUCGGGUUUAUCAAUCACGGCAGGAUACCACAGAUUGUAUUCCCACAAGGCGUACGAUGCAGCAACACCAGUUAGACUUUUUUUCGCUUUCUUUGGUGCGGGUGCGGUUGAAGGUUCUAUUAAAUGGUGGGGCCACUCACACAGAGUUCACCACAGAUACACUGAUACCCCUAGAGAUCCGUAUGAUGCCAGACAAGGGUUAUGGUACUCACACAUGGGAUGGUUAUUGGUCAAGGCCAACCCUAAGAACAGAGCCAGAGCUGAUAUUUCCGAUUUGACUAGUGACUGGGUUGUUAACUUUCAACACCGUCACUACCUUGUUAUCAUGAUCUUCAUGGCCCUCGUGCUUCCAACUUUGAUUGCUGGUUUAGGAUGGGGUGACUACUAUGGUGGCUUCAUUUAUGGAGGUAUCAUUAGAUCAUUCUUCAUUCAACAGGCUACUUUUGCUAUCAAUUCAUUAGCGCACUGGAUUGGAAGUCAACCAUUCGACGAUAGAAGAACCCCAAGAGAUAACGUUAUUACUGCAUUGGUUACCUUUGGUGAAGGUUACCACAACUUCCACCACGAAUUUCCAUCGGAUUACCGUAAUGCGUUAAACUGGUACCAAUACGACCCAACCAAGAUCACUAUCUGGAUUUUGUCCAAAUUAGGAUUGGCUUGGGGCUUAAAGACUUUCUCACAAAAUGCUAUUGAACAAGGUUUAGUUCAACAGCAACAAAAGAAAUUGGACAAAAUGAAGUCCAAAUUGGAAUGGGGUUCUAAGCUUAAUGACUUGCCUAUCAUGGAUAAAGAAGAAUUUACUGCUAGAGCUAAGAAGGAUGGUUUGAUUCUUAUUUCUGGUAUUGUUCACGACGUUAAGCAAUUCAUCAAGCAACAUCCUGGUGGUCAAGCAUUGAUUAGAGUCUCUUUAGGUAAGGAUGCCACUAAGGCCUUCAAUGGUAUGGUCUACGCCCAUUCUAAUGCUGCCCACAAUAUGUUGGCGAACAUGAGAAUCGCCAUUCUUAAGGACUAUGCCGUUAACGGUAAUACCUUCGAUCUCCAACAAGAAUACCUUGAUAAAGAAAAGGUUAAUUGA